CUCGGUCACAUUUGAGAGUAGCGUGAUUCCAAAAUAUAAGCGAACUUACAAGGAAGUACAAAUUAAUGUUAUAAUGAUAUUUUUGUACAGAGUAACUUCAAUAAGGUGUUUUCGCAAAUUCUUUAUAAAAACAAUUUUACAUUGCUAAUGUAAUCUAAUGUCCACAUAACUUCUAGUUUAUUUGCCGUGUUUAGGCUUGCUUUCGGUGAGCAAGAUGUCUAUUUAUACAACCAAAUCGGGUGCUACAUCUAUUUUAAAACCGUUUUCCGGUGCUGAUCGAGAACGAGCCAAAACUGCUGCCGCAAACAAAGUUCGAUUUGCUACUGCUAAAGAAAAAGGUCUUUUGGAAUCUAUUCGUGUAGCUGUGGAAGAUGGAAAUUUUCAUUUUGUCCAAGAGUUUACAUACUUUAUUCGAGAAUCUGAUCUCGACGAUGAUGAGUUUUUGCAAGUUUUCACAGAUGCCAGACAGAUAGUUCACCAUUUGACCCCAGAUUUUAUAAGCCUUGUCGAAGCAUUGAUGUCCCUUAACUGGAAAAAUCGAGAUCUUGUGAUUAUCCAAGCAUACACAGAUUUUUGCGUUGACGUUAUGGUGACCCACAAUAGGUAUUUACCAAUUGGUUUAAUCAAAUUGAUUGUCCACUGGAUUCCCGCGGACUUAGAUUCAGCCGAUUGGGUUAAUGGUAGCCCAUCGGAACGUGCUCACAUGGAUUUAAAGACAAUUCAUGAUGCUCUCAAUCGAAUCCUCACAGCUGUACCUAUGUCAUUUGAUGAAGUUAUUGACGCAAUAACCUCAAAAUUUCCGUACUUCAAGAAGCCUUCUCAUGUUACGGCUGGUUAUCUGUUUAACGUUCUUUGGUUUAUCGAAUAUAAGCCGAUAUUUAAAGAGCUAAUUUUGCAGCUGGUUCUGCAAAAACUUUUAGUCUUAGAUGUUAAUGCCCCCCGAGAUGCAAUCGACGUGGAGACUGGCGAAAACCAACAACCAACAGUCAACCAUCCUAUCGGUCAUACCCUAGAUAUAUGCCUUUUAAUGCUGUACAAGUUUUUUGAUGAGCAAUGUCGCAUUGAACCAAAGAGCCGUGAAGAAAGCUUGUCAGCAAGUCAAGUAUUUCAUAUGUUGUUGUACUUGUUUAACGAACUUUUACUUCCAAGUCACAAUAUUCAUCAUGUGCAAUUCGUCAUAUUUCAAGUGUGUGGUAUUCGAUCGGUGUAUUGGGAAGGCUUUUUGCAAAUGCUUUGGAAGAAAGUUCAAAAUCCAAAUGCAUCAGCUAUAAUUCGACAUACAGCUGUAGGGUACCUAUCUAGUUUUAUAGCCCGCGCGAAGUUUUUACCACUUGGAACUAUAACAUUCUAUCUUCAAGAGUUAAGUAAAUGGGCACAUUCCUAUAUAGACGACUCUGAUGAAUACGGCCAGAAUUGUUCACUUAAAGCCAACAUGGUAUUUUUCUCAGUAUGUCAAGGCAUUUUCUAUUUAAUUGCCUUUCGUGCCAGUGAUUUGACAAGAUGUAAAAAAGAUUUGCUCUUCCUUCAAUCUCUACAACUUUCUCGUCUUGCCAUGUGCCACUUUAAUCCGCUUCGAUACUGUUUAGCCCCAGUGGCUACGGCCUUUGCUGGAGUUACGCGAACACAUCAAUUGGCGUAUUGUCAUACGGUUUUGGAGCGUAACGCUCGUCGCAAACUGGCCACUGUUUACGGUCAUGACAAAUCCAUGUCGGAAGAAGUGCUUGAAACAAUUUUUCCAUUUGAUCCGUACUUACUUAAAUUGUCUAAAAAAUAUAUUGAGCCCAUUUAUUUGGCCUAUCACGAUAAUGAAACAGAUGUUGUUCAGACUGUUACACUACCUAAUAUUCGGAAACGUGGAGACUCCGAAAUGAUAGAGGAUGACGAGUUUAUUGUUGCAGACAAGCGCCAGAAAUUGUUAGAGCUGUCAAAUAGUGAGGAGUUUGACGAAGACUGUCACUAUGGAUCUUCCAUUAACUUAAAGAAAUAAAAAGUUGCUUGUUUUAUUGUAA